CAAGCUCAAGUCCUCAUCCUAUUUCUAUCAUUAACUGCAGUGUCUUUCUUGACACUAUUCAAUAAAUCCCAUGUUUGGUUUUCUCUGCUAUGCAUUAAUCUGGGGAAAAAGGUUAAUGUAAGCACUUUCCAAACCCAGCACUCACCAACUCCCUUUUCCGUGAAUCAAAUGGGGCCUAAUAUUUCAUUUUAGUCGCACAGAUUUCUUUGUGAGCUAAUUUAAGCACUUUCCAAACCCAGUACUCAACAAGUCCUUGAGCCUUCCUCAUUUAGUCAUAUACGUUGCACCAAGAAACAUGUUCCUAGACCCAAAAACAGAUGAUCAAGCUUCCGAAGGUGUCUGCAGCAGCACUUCAUCUGUUACUGCUGGCUUGCUCAUUCAAACCAUCAACACUUCUGGCCAAUACGUGCUGCGCAAGAGAUGGCUUAGAUAUAUUGCUCUAGGCGUUUUCAUCUCCUCACGCAGUAAGAAAACCAGAUUGCCCCAUGAAGCCCCUAGCUAUGAACCUUUAGAAGCACCGGCACCACCGGCCCCCGCCUCUGAGCAUGCUAUUGACAUCCCUCUUCAGGACCGGUUUCUGAACAAGGUUGCUCUCAUUGUGAGAGAGAAGAACUUAAAUGCACUGAGAGGACUUGGUGGUGUUGCUGGCAUUUUGCCACUUCUCAGGUCUCACUUUGAGGAUGAUGCUGUUGAUGGUGGUCAAAAUCCACAAGGAUGGAACACGACCAAGUCCCCAGUUGAUGCAAAAAGCUUCUCAUACUUCUUGUUGAAGGCUUGCAAUCAAUAUACAAUUUUUUUCCUCUUACUCUCAGCAGGGUUUUCGUUUGCCAUUGAAUUCAUGACGCAAGGAGUCAAACAAGGGUGGCACGACGGUGUUGCCAUACUCUUUACGGUGUUCUUACUUGUUGCUUUCCCUUCAGUGGGGAACUACCACCAUGAGAGAAAGCUGGUGAGGAAGCACCUGCUGGACAGGAGCAGAUUGAUGGUGAAUGUUGAAAGGAGUAACAGAGAACCUACAUCAGUUAACAUAACUUGUGUUGUGGUGGGCGAUAUAGUUCAUUUGAAGGAAGGAGACCGUGUCCCUGCCGAUGGUUUGUUCAUAGAUCAUGAUGAGGACUUGAUGUUGGAUGAGGUAUUGAAUCCCAAAAUUGAUUGUGAACAAAACCCGUUUGUGUUGUCUGGUUCAAAGGUUAUUAAGGGACAUGGUCGCAUGGUUGUGACAUGUAUUGGUGCCAACACAGUUUUUGCUGAGAUGCACAGCUUGGGGACUCAUCAUAAUCCAAACGAAAAGACGCUGUUACAAGAUUUGUUGGACAAGCCAUUUGCUUGUAUGGAUUAUCUUGCGGUUUGUGUCUCUCUACUGAUUGCUCUCGUGGUGCUAAUACGGCUAUUAUUCUUCAGGAAGCAUGACAAUUACAAUGACAGGCCAGAACUGAAAGGGGAAGUUUCAAUGAACUUGGUAAUGAGGAUCUUUGAGAAAAUUUUCUUGAAACCUCAAGGACGGGUUUCCACUUUAGCAGGUGUUCUCGCAACCGCAGUGAUAGGGAUACAACAUGGAAUGCCUUUUGCGAUUACAGUUGCCCUUUGUCAAUGGAAGGAGAAGGUGGUCCAAAAUCAGGCAAAGCCUCAGAAUCUAUCAGCUUGUGUCACCAUGGGACUAAUAACAGUCAUCUGCAUAGAAACAACUGGUGAGCUAAUGUGUAGCCAGGGCGAGGUUAAGGAAUUUUGGUUGGGUGGAAAGGAUUUGUGCAGUGAUGAAGUGGACUCUGAAGCUGAUCAAGUUGUUCUUGAAACACUGCAUCAGGGGAUUUCUGCUACCCCAUCCCCAACAAAUGAUUUGCUCAUUUCUUGGCUGAAGACCAGAUGGGGUGCUAACAUGGGGUUAUUGAAUGAAACAUGUAAUACUGUUGAGCAGUUGAGCUCUGAUGAGAAAUGCAGUGGGAUUUCAGUGAGGAAAACUGUGAAUAAUGAACAAAUUCUGCAGUUGCACUGCAAUGGGGAUGCAUCAACAAUAUUACAUAAGUGUUCACAUUACAAUGAUAACAGAGGGGAAAGUCACACUAUGAAAGACCAGAACAGAAGAUUUAAGCAGGUGAUUAAUAAAAUGGAGGAGAAUGGUCUUAGGCCCAUUGCAUAUGCUUACAAGAAAACAGAAGUCCAAGAACCUACAGAAGAUGGGUUGAUUUUGUUGGCAAUCGUGGGUGUUAGACGCCCAUAUCAAGAAGAGCUUAAAUUGGCAGUGGAAGCUCUUAAAAGGGUUGGAGUAAGCAUCAAAUUGGUGUCAGAGGAUGAGCUCUCAACAGUGAGAGCCAGGGCUUCACAACUUGGAAUCUCCCCUGGUUCAAAUGAUAUGGAGAUUGAAGGAGAAGUUUUCCGAAGACUGGAUUCCAUGGAAAGGCAGGAUAAGAUGGAUAUGAUCUCUUUGAUGGGAAGGUCCCUCCCUAAGGACAAGUUUCUCAUGGUGGAUCGCUUAAGGAAAAAAGGUCACAUAGUUGCAUUCUGUGGAGGGUUGACCAUAAGCGACACUCUGACCUUAAAAGAAGCUGAUGUAGGAAUCAUAGAUGAUAUCCGGAGCACAGAAAUGGCUAGAGAGAAUGCUGAUCUUAUAGUUAGAAAUGUCUGUUUACUAGCCCCUAUUUGGAAGUCUGGUGCAUGUGCUUACCACAACAUUCAGCAAUUCUCUCAACUUCACCUCACUGCUUGCAUAUCCGGGCUACUGAUAACCUUAGUGGCAACAAUGCAUUCCGGAGAGUCCCCAUUAUCCGCAAUUCACUUGAUUUGGGUGAACUUGAUUAUGUGCCUUCUUGGUGGCCUCAUGAUGGUGAUGGAGUUACAAGGCCCGGAACUACUCACUCAAAGACCUGCAAAGAGGACUGAGUCACUUAUAACCAAAGUCAUUUGGAGAAACAUAGCAAUUCAAGUUUCAUCUCAGGCUUCUGUCUUGCUGAUCUUACAUUUCAUGGGAAAUGCAGUACCAGGCAUGGAUCAAGGCGUCCGGAAUACGAUGAUUUUCAAUACUUUCACAUUGUGCCAGGUCCUUAAUCUGUUGAGUGCCAUGCACUUGGCGAAGAAGGAAAUGCUAGUUGUUGUCCUCCACAACUAUUGGUUUCUGAUGGCUUUGGGGGCUGUUUUGAUCAUGCAGGUGAUGAUUGUUGAGUUUGGAAAAGGGCUAGUGAGUGGUGUGAGGUUGAAUGCACUGCAUUGGUUGAUCUGUUUCCUUCUUGCUGCUCUUUCAUGGGGGUUUGCUUGGACCUUUAAAUUGCUUUCAGAUAGCAUCGAAAGAACAACUUCGGCAUUGAUGGUGAAUUCACAUGUGGGGUUCUCAAAUAGGAGGCGCAGAUUAUACAUAUCUAUUUGGUUGUUCCUAAUGUUCUCCAUAUCGUCAUAUUGUUUUCACCCAGUUUCUAAGCUCGCUAGCACAUAUAUCAGUUAAAUUGGAAGUCUCC